UCUAUUAAUGCAUAUAGUACUAUAUGUAUCUAUAAUAAAUACAGACUUGGCAUCACAUACAUAGCCAAUGUCAUGGUUUUAGGUCAGUCAGUUCUCAUAAAAGCCCGUUUCAUAGAUCAAGCCCACUUCCUGUCAUUAAUCACUGACCUAUGGAUAAUUAAUCAUAAUUCUAUGUACAGGCCUGGAGUUCAGUCUAUAUGUGGUGUGAACAUUGAUCCACUGACAUAUUCAAUCUUUUCAUUAAAAGGUUAGUCCUGAGGGCAAAAGUACUCUGUUGAUUCAACAGUCUGAAAACGCCAAUAAGAAAUAAUUGUGCCUUCAUGUAAUUGAUUUGUUUCUAAGAGUUUAUUUCACUGUGGCAGCUGUCUGGUUCACACUGACAGGAUUUUGUCCACGUGAGACUUUGUUUGUCAAUGUUCUGGGUCGAGUCAUUAGAGGAUGACCCUAUCAGACAUUUCAAAGUGUUUGUACAUGGAAGGGCAUUUGGAUUAUGUACCAUAUAAAGCCGGGCCAGUAACAUAACUCGGCGGUAACUCGGCGGGAACGGACAGAAUGCAGCACUUGCAUGAAUUGAAGUCCAGUUUGUGGAACUCUACCUCCAGAUCUGAGCGGAUGAAAGCUUUUUCUUCAUUCGAACUAAACCAACAUCGACCCAGGCCAUCCAAUAACUCAACAGCAGCCUGCAACAUCGAGCUUGUUGCUCCAAGGGUGAAGGAGCGCACACAGAAAGUGACAGAGAAGGUCACGCAGGUCCUGUCUCUAGGUGCAGAUGUUUUGCCCGAGUACAAGCUCCAGGCUCCAGACAUCCACAAGUGGAUCAUGCUGCACUACAGUCCUUUCAAGGCCAUGUGGGACUGGAUCAUUCUUCUGCUAGUGCUCUACACAGCAGUCUUCACUCCGUACUCUGCAGCUUUCCUCCUCAAUGAGCUGGAGCAGGAGAAGAGAAAAAUCUGUGGUUACACUUGUAACCCCUUAAAUGUAGUAGACGUGAUUGUGGACAUUCUGUUCAUCAUAGAUAUCGUUAUUACCUUCAGGACGACAUACGUGAAUCAUAACGAUGAAGUGGUGACCCAUCCCAAGCUCAUCGCCAUCCACUAUAUCAAAGGCUGGUUUCUCAUCGACAUGGUGGCCGCGAUUCCAUUUGAUCUGCUCAUCUUCAGGUCUGGAUCAGAUGAGACGACAGCCACUCUCAUUGGCCUACUGAAGACAGCUCGUCUGCUGCGCUUGGUCCGGGUAGCCAGAAAAUUAGAUAGAUACUCAGAGUAUGGAGCUGCAGUCCUCUUCUUGCUCAUGUGCACCUUUGUGCUGAUUGCUCAUUGGUUGGCGUGUAUCUGGUAUGCCAUUGGUCAUUUGGAGAGGCCUUACAUGAAGACAGGCUGGCUGGAUAACCUGGCCGACCAACUGGGGAAGCAUUACAAUGACAGUGAUGCCAGCUCGGGACCCUCCGUUCAGGAUAAAUACGUCACUGCACUAUAUUUCACCUUUAGUAGUCUGACCAGCGUGGGCUUUGGGAACAUCUCUCCAAACACCAACUCGGAGAAGAUUUUUUCGAUCUGUGUCAUGCUCAUUGGCUCUCUUAUGUAUGCCAGCAUAUUCGGGAAUGUCUCUGCAAUAAUUCAGAGGCUUUAUUCGGGAACAACGCGCUAUCACACCCAGAUGCUGCGGGUUACAGAGUUUAUCCGCUUCCAUCAGAUACCUGGAGAACUGAGGCAGAGACUGGAGGAAUAUUUCCAACACGCCUGGUCCUACACCAGUGGCAUUGAUAUGAAUGCAGUCCUGAAAGGUUUUCCGGAGUGUUUGCAAGCUGAUAUUUGCUUGCAUCUGAAUCGUAGUCUGCUGCAGAACUGUAAGGUAUUCCAGGGGGUGAGUAAAGCAUGUCUGAGAGCUCUUGCUAUGCGCUUCAAAACCACUCACUCGCCACCUGGUGACACCCUCUAUCACCACGGCGACGUGAUCAAAGCCCUCCACUUCAUCUCCCGUGGUUCCAUUCAAGUGUCUCAACAUAACAUUGUGCUGGCUAUCUUGGGGAAGAAUGAUGUCUUUGGCGAGCCUAUAAAUCUUUACACAGAUCCUGGUCACAGUAACGCUGAUGUUACUGCACUCACCUACUGUGACCUUCACCGUAUCCAAAGAGAUGACCUUCUAGAGGUGCUGGACAUGUACCCUGCGUUUGGCGAGAGCUUUCGGAGGAACCUAGAAAUCACCUUUAACCUACGAGACGCUGAACAGAUGAUGACCAGUGAAAAUCUGGACUGUGGAUACCAUAUGAAUGGCAUACGACACCACCAAAACUCACUAGACAGACGCAACAGGCCAGAUGGAAUGGACCAGAAUGACUCGUACCCAUCUCAGAUGUGUUUGGCCCUGGGUCACCAUCAUUCUCCAACCGUUCACAUGCACUGGGAGGAGCUGUGGAGCUGUGGAAGCUCUACACUGCAGUCCAGUGAAAACCUCAGCAAGUCUCCCAUCAGCCCCUGUGAGCUGUACACCUCAGAUGCAGAUCAUCUGGACUACCCCUCUUCUGUUGUGAGACUAAUACCACUGCGAGGUGCUUCUGGGGUCAGCAGAGAGCCUGGCAUGCAUAUGGGGCAUUUGGCUCCUCCUCCAUCGGGAUUGUACCAUUACUGGCCUGACCACCAGGCAGCUCAUUUCACUGAACAGACUCGGCGCCCCCUAUCUGUCCGGACCUCAUUCCCAUCACCGCUAUUUGAGCAUCAACCCAGUGAACUUGAGUCCAGACUGGAGCUACUGCAGACCCAACUCAAUAGACUGGAGACCAGAAUGACAGCAGACAUCAGUGUGAUCCUUCAGCUUCUCCAGCGACAGAUGGCUCCAGUGCCCCCAGCAUAUAGCACUGUAUUACCUGAGAAGCACCCUCCUGACCCUGCUGUACUGUAUGGAAGAGGCAGCCCAGUACUUCACAGCAUGUACCCGAUCCCAAACAUUCAGCUGGACAGUAGAAAUGCCACUAUUCAGAGUUCAGCCCAGCCAGAUUCCAUAUUCAAGUCAAAUUCCCAGGGUUCUCUGUCCAGUGGUGUUCACAUGGGAGCUGCGUCAGACGAUUGUGUACCCGAUAAACUGGAAACGAAUGCUGUUUCAGCCCCAGCCCUUCAGCCCAUUUUGAUUGAUGCACCACGCCUCUGUUCGUCCCUCCACUUUCCCUCAUUGCCUGGCAACUUGGACACUUCGUCACACCUGGAAGAAAUUCCCAAACACAUGUCUGACCCUGCCUUACCAGUCAGCUAAAAUCACAACACACCAUCAAUCGGAUUAUCGUAACAUAACAAUGAGAACACAUCCAGACACAGUCACGGUCAACCCAGCUUUAUUCUGUUGUGGAUGUUAAGACCAUGCAAAUUGACCAUCUUGGUUAACCAUGUGUUGCUGCCCAUCAGUUAGGACAACCUUAAACCAGCAAAAAAACUCAAGCUUCUCAGCAAUCAAAGACAGAUAACAAACAUUUAAAUACAAACACUACAGGACAAUAUCCUACAAAAGCCACAACAUAAGCAUCUCAAACCUCAAGACGAAUGUCAGUGACCAUUGAUGGCAUGUUGACCAUGCAGUGAGACUCAGGAAACAGUCACAGUACAGUAGCUGAUAAUGUUUUGAAAUGAUACAGUAAACCUAAUAAUAAUAAUGCCUCUUUAUGUCUGCAGUAUUCUGUGUAUGUGCUGUAAUUUAACUAUGUUCAAUCCCUUUUUUGUAGUCAAGAAUUUUGUCUUUACAGAAAGUGUUUUAAAAAGUCCAAAAGAGAAUAAUUAGCAGGAAUAUAAAUAUGCUUUUAGAAUAGCGGUUAAAAUAUUUGAGUAUUUUCACUAUGUUGUUUUAAAUGACUGAAAACGCUUCAAAUUAAAAGAGAAAUAAGACUAUUUAGGGUGCUGUUCUUUAAAGAUCCACCAGAUUUAUUGGUUUAUCAGAUAAUAUAUA